GGCAUCUCACCUGCCGGCCUUAAAACGCUGCGUGCUGCGCGUAUAACCGUGCCCAGGCCAAGGUGACCGGCGGAGCGAAGACCCACAGCCCCACUCGUGCGCACCAAGCUUUGCCUCGACGCGCGCCGCCGCGCACGAUUCAAACAAAGGGACAACUGCAGCCUGUGCUCGGUUGCACGCGCAAACGCGACCGCGACAGCACAUCAUGACGAGAACGCCGAUGCGGGACGUCGAGAACGUCCGCCCGACCUGGGUCCCCGCCGGCCGCAACAAGAAGGCCUGGGAGCCGAUCGCCGUGUACGAGCAGGAUUAUCCGCGCAAGGCGCCAAGACCGGUCGCGAGUGGCAUCAGCUUCAGGGAGGGCGACCUAGGCGAUGCGAAGGUCGUGGACCUCAUCAAGGUCUGCGACUUUUACGAGGCGAAGGCGUCGGGGAAGUAUACGACGCCAGUGGCUUGUGGGCGCUACGUCCACGACCUCGCGAGGGAAGUGCGAGCGGUCGCUUGUUCCUUGAACGAAGGCAAGUCGCAACACGCUGGAAGAUUACUCGAGUUAGAAAAGAUCUGCAAGGAGUGGGACCAGUAUUUUGGACCCUCGUCGGACGCCGCGGGCCGGUUGAGCGAGGACGGCCAACAGGGCUUCUUAGGACUCACACCGCUCACGCCCGCGGCUUUACAUGAGGAGCGCAUCUGGAUGAAGCAGCAGCUCGAGCAGGCCCAGAAGGCGAUUCGGGACGCGGAGCGCGGCGGCGACACCCGAGCCCAGAAGGCGGAGAAGGCCCUCGCGGACUUCCAGCGCUUGUCUCGAGAUGCCGCUUCCAGAGCGAGAGCUCAACAUGAUCUGGAGCUGCAGGCGCAAGCGCGCGAAUUGGAUGCGGCCUACGCUUCUCGCUCGGCUCAGGCCGCGUCUGACACCGUUCACGUCGAUCCUGAGUCAGGAGCCGCCUUCACGUUAGGAUCAAGACAGCGCAAGGCGGCGCGCGUCUCCUCGGGUGGUGGCGGCGGUGUGCCGCGCGUCUCUUCGAGUGGUCCCGCGCGUGUCUCGAGCGGCGGUGGUGCGCGCCCGUCGACAAGCAACGUGCAGCGGUCGACGCCAAGCUUCGCGCCGGCGUCGCCGCGCCCCAAGACUCCGGUCGAAAGGGUCCAGGAGCAGGCCAGACAGCAGCAGUUGCAAGCGAAUCGGAACAUUCGGGAGACGAAGCAAGAGGUCAUGCGCGCGAAGGACGACACCGCGCGCGUCACAGCGGAGUUGAAUGAUGUCAAGAGGCAGCUCGAGGCCUGUCAAGCUCGCGCGAGAGCCAUGUCCGGCGCCGUCGAGGAUGCGGAUUCUUACAGUGACAUGAAGGUGCGGGACGCGCUGAAGGCUUACCAGGCCGCGCAACGGGCGAAAAUGAAGGACGCGGACUGCCAGACGGGGCCUUGUGGGUCGCUGCGGUUUGCUCACGCUCCUAGAGGUCCUCGAGCUAUUACGUCACGGCAGGUUUUGGUCAAGGAGUGCCCCUGUGAAGUUAGUGAAGAGAGAGUCGUAAGGCAGAUCUCUGCGGAGACGGGCGUGGCCUUGUUACAAAGUGAAAGAAGACCAGACCUGGAUGGGUUUAACACGUACGCGCUCGAGGUUUUAUGUGCCACGCCCGAGGACGCUUGUAAAUUAGUAAUGAAGGACGGCACGGUCGUGGCGUGCAAUCCAAACCCCCAGGUCAUCCCGGAACCGCGCGCGAAGGCGCCUUUGGCAUUAGAACCGACGCCGAUCGAGGUCGUCAACCUCGAUUUGAGUCCGUACGCGAUCCCGGAGGUGGCGCGGAGCCGGUCUAGAUCUCCAAUCAGAGAGGACCCCUUCGCGGACUUCGAGGACGUCCUUGGGAGGCUAUCGAAAGUGCGGCCGGCGUCCGUCAUGCGGCGGCCGUUCCGCUCCUGAGUACUCCCCCUACCCCUCCCGAGUAACCUGGAGCCUGGAGC